AUGUUGUACAACCCAACAAAGUGGAACUUCUCUAGAUUCGAAAGUUGUAGUUCUGGAACAAGCACAGCCGAAAAUUGGCCAAAAACCUUCCUUCUAAUCAUUCUCACAAAUAAUUUGAAGAUAUCUUCUCAUUUUCUCUCAUCGAUUCAAUCGAGCAUUGCAGUUGAAGGAACAAUGUCUGUGAAUCCUAAGAUAGAGUCACAAGAUACUUUAAAGCACAAAAUAUCCAUCUCUAAAGAUGCCCCAAAACACCAUGUUGCAUCAAUCAGCACAAAAGAAGACAACCCCUUCAAUUUUGUUCGAGUUUUAUUAGAGGGUGCUGUUGCUGGAGCUGCUGCAGGAGUUGUAGUUGAAUCUGCUUUAUAUCCACUUGACACCAUUAAAACUCGCCUUCAAGCAGUUCGUGGUGGAGGCCAAAUUAUCUUGAAGGGUUUGUACUCUGGUUUGGCUGGAAAUCUUGCAGGCGUUUUACCUGCAUCAGCAAUAUUUAUUGGUGUAUAUGAACCUACAAAGCAGAAAUUACUGAAAAUCUGCCCUGAAAAUCUUAGUGCCUUGGCCCACCUAACUGCAGGUGCUGUUGGUGGAGCUGCUUCUUCUAUUAUACGUGUGCCAACAGAGGUUGUUAAGCAAAGAAUGCAGACUGGCCAUUUUGCUUCAGCACCUGAUGCUGUUCGUCUUAUUGUUGCUAAAGAGGGGUUUAAAGGUCUUUUUGCGGGGUAUAGUUCGUUUCUUUUGCGAGACUUACCUUUUGAUGCGAUCCAAUUUUGCAUAUAUGAGCAGCUUCGAAUUGGUUAUAAAUUAGCAGCAAAAAGAAAUCUUAGCGAUCCUGAGAACGCUGUAAUUGGUGCUUUUGCAGGUGCAAUCACAGGAGCUGUAACAACACCUCUCGAUGUAAUAAAGACUAGGUUGAUGGUUCAGGGAUCAGGUAACCAAUACAAAAGUAUCUCCCACUGUGUGAGCACUAUUUUAAAGGAAGAAGGACCAUCUGCAUUUCUAAAGGGGAUGGGGCCAAGGGUGUUGUGGAUAGGUAUUGGAGGCUCCAUUUUCUUUGGUGUUCUUGAAAAAAACAAAGCAGCUACUUGCAGAAAGGCGCCCCACAGACUCUAACAAGUUGGAUUAAUUCAACCCAAGUGUAUCACUAGACAUUUAUUCAUAAAUUCAUAACUCAUUACUCAAAAUGCAAAAUCCUAGAUGUUUGCACAAUUGGUUAAAUCAGAGCUAAUUUAAAUAAAAGAUAUAUAUAUCGUUGG